UAACAGUUUGCCUCUUCUUCUUUUUCCUUGUAUUUUUUUAAUUUUAAACGUCUCCAAAUCUCCUUUUCCCUAAAGCUUCCAUUUUGCUUGUUUUUGCUCCUUGUAUUCUCAGUUAAUCAACUCCUGAAUCAAUUUAACACAACCAUUUCCUGAAACAUCCACACCCCCCAGCGCCCUGUGUCCCCUUUUCUUUUUGCCCGUGAACCUCAUUCUCUGGAUUGAUAGAGCUUGCUAGAACCCCUUUUGUUUUACUUUGAUUUUCUUUUGAAACUUUGAUCUAGCUGAUUUGGUACCAAAAGAGCGAGAAAGGAAGAGGAAGGUGGAAAUGGAGAGGCGAGGGCCUGGUCGUCUUCAACCUCGAAACGUUUCUUCUCGAGAAUCAACGGUUUCUCGCACGAACAGGUUCGCUUCGAAACCCAACUCGACUCCCAAGUCCUCGAGCAGAGUUGCAAGUGGCGGUGAAAAAGCACAAAACGACGGCGUGGAUGACCCUUCCGACCUUCCCGCCAUUGUGGGUACUUGCCCUUUGAUGUGCCCAGAAAGAGAGAGAACUCAGCGAGAGCGGCUUCGAGAUUUAGCAGUGUUUGAGAGGCUAAAUGGAAAUCCAGCUCAAUCAUCUCCAGACCUUGCCGUUAAAAAGUUUUUCAGAACUAUAUCCACCAAACAAGUUGAAGCAUCAGAUGUCCGGCCGCUCCCUGUGUUGGAAGACACUUUAAAUUAUCUUUUAAACUUUUUUGAUUCUAGAGAAUAUCCCUUUGAAGUGGUUCAUGACUUCCUCUUUGAUCGAACAAGGUCGAUAAGGCAAGAUCUUAGUAUGCAGAAUAUUGUCAACAAUAAAGUAAUCCGCAUGUAUGAGAAAAUGGUCAAAUUUCAUGUGAUAUCUCUUCACAAGCUUCGGCGUUGUAGCAGUCAAAAUAUUUCUUCAAUGAAUUACCUUAACAAGGAGCAGCUUGCAAAGACUCUGACAUCACUAUUUAAUCUGUAUGAUGCAAAUCGAGAUUCCAAUUCUACAUAUGAAAAUGAAGCUGAGUUUUGUUCGUUUUAUGUGCUACUUCAUCUUGGUUCUAACAGCCAACCAAUGGGGGAGUCACUUUCUUGGUGGUUUCGUAACGUUCCUUCCACGUUGAUGAAAUCUAAGGAAAUUUGCUUUUCUCGAAAGAUUUUACGAUUUUUCCGGAUAGGCAACUAUAAUUGUUUCCUAAGCACUAUAGCAGCUGAGGCAUCUUAUCUUCAAUACUGCAUUCUUGAACCUUAUGUCAAUGAGGUUCGAGCGCUAGCUGUGUCAUGUAUAAACAAUGGUGGAUACAAGCUUCAUCCAUACCCGCUGGCAAACUUAUCCAAGCUCUUGAUGAUGACGGAAUCAGAUUUGGAAUCAUUUUGCAAAGCUUGUGGUCUUGAGAUUUGUACAAAUGAAGAAGGAUAUAAUUUGCUACCUACUAAGCAAACCACCUUUUGUCAUCCUAAGGAUGGGUUUCAAAGCUAUAUAUUUGUGGGUUUGGAACAAUUUGAGAGGUAAUAAAUGCACAAAUCUUGUCCAAGGCAAGGAUAUAGCCCUCUUAUCAUCUUUUAUCCGGUAGACUUGGUAAGAGGGCCUCACGUCCCAGAGUCCCUUGAUGAGUAUAAGAAAUAAGUUUCCGCUAAACCAAAGUAUAAAAGAUCUUUUUGGUGCAGCAACCAAAGGUUGCCAAUAGUAUGGUGCUCAUUUUCGUGCUUACACUAAUGAAAAUGAACAAUGACCUGGACGGAGAGGGCAAAGUACAAAAUAAGCCUAUUGAAAGUGUGGUUUCUGUAAGGUUAUUCGCAUUUAACAAGAAUUCAUGCUAUUUAAGUCAAAGAUGUGAAUAUUACAUCAGAAUCAUAAUUAGAAAUGAAGUAUCUAUUGUUUAUCAUCUCAAUGCUUUUAUUUAAAGGGUGGAUUGGUUGACAAAUUUCGAUUAUCAGUUUGCAUGUGCAUUACUGACCUCUCAAGUGGGAGAAUUUUUGUUGCAGUGGUACUCUCAAGCCAAAAAGAAAGUAAAGUGGUGUUGAAGAUUUUUCUGGAGAGCAACUUCUGCUUCUUGUAAGAAGCAUUGUAACGUGUAUAUUUUUUCACAUUUCAUCUAUCACCCAUGCAAGGACAUGUAGAUGUUCGUAUUGCACAGGGUGGAUGAAGGCUUAUACGACGUUUAGGGCUGCAUGUAUUUAAUGUUCAAGUGAGAUUGACGACGCAUCUUGUUGAAGAUAAGAAGCCAAUCCUUAGGUGACAAAUUUGUAAGAACUUUUAUGGGGUUGCAGCAAGAACUUAUGUUUUCAGGUACAGAAGCAAAUUGUCCAACCCUUAAUUUACAGCAUGGUGGCGAGUUCCCCUUAUUCUAAGAGAAGAAAGAAGAGGUUCAAGUCUCCUGCCAAGAGGAAGGAGGUCUUGAAGAGGUUUCAGCCUUGGAGACAUUGAUGAUGUGCACGCUUCUGUUUAUGCUCAAAUGACUGUUUUGAUGAUGUACAAAUGUUGUGUUUUUUUGUUGAAAUGAACCUUUAUGAGAGGCCUUUGAUGUAUUGCUAUUUUAAUGAUGUGCAAAUGUUGGAAAGACUGUUUCCAAGUCCGUGGGUUUAGGACAAGGCUUGUUAGAUGGCUCUUAAUUUGUAUCAAGUACUAGUAUUGAUUUUGAUCAAUGUUUCCAGAUUGAAAGUGA